UCAAGUUUUGCAACCCGCAAUCCGUUUAGUUUAAAAACCUGCAAGAAUUGAUUAAACUGCAAUUUAUUAAGUCAUAUUUUAUUUAUUUUUGAAAUCGUUUUAUAUGUUGUUAUGAAAAAAUAACAUGGAAAAAAGAAGAAACAUUUACCUUUAAGUACAAUAUCAUACAAUAUAUUAGUUGCUAUGACAACGUUAUUUGUCUUGACUGUAAUAAGUUUUUCUUAUAAGGUAAAGCUGGUAAUUAUAAACACAUCUACCAAAGAAUUGAAUCAAUAUUAAUUGGUUUAAUUCUCUGAUUGGAAACUUGACUUUUUAAUUUCUAGCAGUUACCUUCCGUUUUAUUGAUUUGAGAAAUUAUUCUUGUAAGUUGGUAUUGCUUGUUUUGUUCUGGCGCCCCGCCCACGGGACUUGUCAUUUUUGUUUCAGUUUAGAAUAAAAUUAAAAAUUAUUAUUGAUAACAUGCAAAAUAGCUAAGAAAUGCAUUUAAUUAAUGCUGAAUAUUACUUGUAAGUCAAUCAACGUUGAAUAAACAGAAUCAGACAAAAUUAAAGUGUGAGAAAUGGUGUUUGUACACUAAGUUUGGGUGCUACGAAAGGGGCUGAUUUUGACGCGCUUGGUUGCUGGAGCACCGAUGCAUUUCUGGAUAGACAAACGUAGUCAGUGCGCCUACAGCGGCCGCCAGCGGGUACCAUCCUCACUGUCCGCCGGCGUAGGGCGCGCACGUGGGCGCAAGGGCAUGGCGGCGCCCGUGCACCGCUUCGCCGCCGUCGACUGCGCACCGCGCCGCCCACACCGACCACUUAGACACUAUGCGCCUCCACCUUUACCUUCAGUACAUUCAAAUCGUAGGCAAAAUGAGGAGCCAAGUUUGUAUGUGGAAAUACCUCCGGAGCCUCCCCAGCCCACAAUCGCAAGCCUGGCGGCCGCGAGAAGCGUCACCCCUGACACACUACUGCGGACCGCAGCACUAGGGCUUCACAACUCGCCCAUGAUGGCGCCGCACCUCAAGUUUGGGAUGCUAGUGUCCUUUGCUUUGGCAACGGUUUUCUUAGCCGGUGCCAAAUAUUACUUUGAUAGACAUGUGGUGCACACAGGACUGACGAGCGAGGCUGGCGUGCUGUGCGCGGCCAUCGCGUGCCUGUGCGUGCUGGGCUGCGCGCUGGCGGUGUGCCGCGCUCGCCCACCCCACCCGCCGCCCGCACCGCCCGAACGUGUCUCCUCCACCGCGCAAAGACACGCACAUCAGAUAGCUGAAGUAGCUGAGGAAUUGCCAGCAUUGCUUCCGGCGUCGGAGCGCUCCGAGCGGCGAGUGGAGCGGCUGCCGGAGCGGGCGGCGGAGCGUGUAGCGGAGCGGCCAGUAGAGCGUGCAGCGGAACGCAGCGCGGCGGGCGAGGCACCUCCGCCGUACCACAUCGCGGUGCUGCUGCCCGACCGCGCCGCCGCCCCGCCGCCCGCCUACAGCGCGCUCAGCUAGCCCGACGAGUUCAUCAUCUAGCUCGGACAGCAACAUGAGUUCAUCAUAUAGCUCAGGUAACUCGAUCACUCCUUAGUCUAGCUCCGACAACCCAGUGAGGUACAACUCCAACUAGACUAAUGGUAGUCCACCUAGCCUGAUGAACUCAUCCCGCUGCGGCUAGCUUGAUGAGUUCUUUGCAGAACUUGUAUAGUUAACCAAGUUUAACAAAAGGACAAUUGAUUAUAAUCUCGCUGUCGUGUUCAACGAAUUUAUCAUGAAUCUCGAACUAAUUUGAUUUAUUAGCUUGAGAAAGACUGGCGACUUAUGUUCUUAGUGUGGUGUUAGUACAAUAUCUUGACAAGCUACAGAGCUGGGGUACUGAGGAUUAUCUAGCCUGUAAAGUUGAAUAGCUCGUGUAGCCUAGUUAGUUGGUACAUCUAGCCUUUAGUACAAUGCAGUCUGUUUAAACUGUCUAUGAUGUUUGCAUUGUAUAGAAUAAUCUCUUUGACAAUCUUCCUUUCGAAUAUAGCUUUGUUAUUUUUGUAUGAAUUUUGUAGGAUUAGUAAUAUAAGUGUAUUAAAUUAAAAUAUUUUCAUUUGAAGAUCAUCUGGAGUUUGUUGUAACAUUUUUGGUAAUUCCGUUGUUUUUGUAAAAUUAUUGUGUAUUCCUUGUUUGUGCAAUAAUUUGUAAAUAUUUAUAUGUGUAGGGACUUUCUACUUUCUUAGAUGAGCCUAAAAUAAAUUAAAGACCAAAUAAAAUCUGCCAAAAAAAAACCGGUGUUAGACAAAUGUAAAUAUCUGUGUUUCAAUGUUGCAAAAUAAUCUAAUAGUUCUAAUAAUAUUCUCAAAUUACUGGAAUGGAAAAAAAAGCUUUUUAUCUACUUUCUCAUAUAUGUUUUUUUUUAUUUUCCUAAAUGUAAUAAAAUGAGCCUAUAGUAAAUUAGGCAAAGCUGUAAUGAAGCUAGAUUGUUUGAUUAAGUUUAAUUAGACUUUGAUAAAGACUGCAAUUUAUUUAUAGUGAAACAAGGAUGUCUGGACCGGUGAGGGGCGCUGCUAUCGCGGGUUUCUGAACAUACAUUACAUGAUACUACUGUAAUAUAUUGUUUAUGGUUCUCGCUUAGCGGAUUGAGCCAGUAUCUAUUGUUUAUGGUUUUAGUCUUGUUCUUAACAAUACUCUACUUAUGGAGAAGUGUCGUGAGCAUACAAGUGUUCAAAUUAUUUAAAUUAUUGAAUUAUUUUUAUCUGUUGAUUUAAAUAAAAAAAACACA